AUGGAUUCUUCAGUGCCCGAUGCUGGUGCACAUCAGCGCAUGAACAAGAAUGGCACCAAGAAGAUUACCAGACCAACUAUCCAAAUCGGAUCAGGAGCACCAUCUAUCCCUUUGGUCUGCUACCUCUGCCCGAAGAACUCCAGGUUCUCCGACCUAUCACACCUCCUCACGCACAUGGCUUCCAAGGGCCACCUACAAAAUAAGUUCAACCUGGAACUGCUGCAAGACUCUGAUGAUAAAGCCCAGAAGGCCUUGAAGGACUUUAUUUCAUGGUGGGCAAGGGGCAACAAAUCGAAGCCAACUGCUGGACGUGGGCACUCUGGAAAUGGUAGAGGCGGAAGUAUGGUGAGUGGCAAGAAGACGGGAACCUCCAGUGGGAACACUCACGAAGCUGAAGACGACCUGUCCUCUGUGACAGGAUACACUCCCUCCGACCAGAACGCCAACCUGUUCGGUUGGCACACAGCUGCUCACACAAAUCAGGGAAUUGCAAACGGUCCUUUCCAUCAAAUGAUAAUUAACCACCAAUCAACCGGAAUCCCGAACUCAUCUGCCUUCCCAAAUCUAAUUAGCUUUGGGACCCAAGCAGCGUCACUUCACGAUUCUGCGACCACACUCUCCACACCAGCCUCAGCAUUCAAUCAAUAUCCAGGCUCUGCAGGUGACGAUAGCGAUAACGGAGCAUCAUCAAAAUAUCAAUUUUCGGAGGACGAAGACGAGGAGGCUUCAUCCCGCUCAGAGCGCACUGACGAUACGGUCGACACCGCGACGGCUGCCGCUAUGGACGUCCCGGACGAGGAAGUCCAUAACGCCAAGUUCCGCAAGGAUGACUGGCUGGCUGGUCAGAACGUGUUUGAUUCCGCAUCCCAAGAUGAACGCAGAAGGCGCAACCAGCGAAAAGACCCAGCCGUCCUUGAGCGCAUCAAGCGGGCUUCUGAGGCCAUCACGCAAGAUGAGCUGGUCCUCGACCUUCAACUGGUCUACCAAAGAUCUCGGAAUGUCUACGACAACCCUUCAAUUGAUGGGAGCAAUGACGAGGACGACGCGCACGAUUCGCGUCCCCAGCGAACGCGACGCGCGACUGCUAACAGAGCAAAACGCAGAAAGACCAUUGCUAAUCCCAAGGACGGAGCUGAAGAGGAGUCCGGAAAUGGGUUCGGAAUGACUGGAAGUCGUAACAGUUCCCGUGCGACAAGUGUCACCGCCAUGGUCAAUUCCACCCGAGUCACUCGUGCGUCAGUUCGAGGCAGUAGAGGUUCUGAUAGAGCCUCUCAUAUGCCCAUACAAGCUGCUGGACGAUCUACACGAUCGCUUCGUGGUACCCGACAGCAUCAACCUCAACCCGAGUUGCCUACCCAUAGCCAUGGUGACAACAGUGGAGGAGAAUAUGAUGUCUCUGAAGACUCCGAGACUUCUGACUCAGGUCGGAUCCAGAGUCCCAGUGGCAAGCGACGACAGACCAUGCUUCCCGGACUUGCACUACGUCCUGGCAACCCGAAUCUUUCCCUCAUCUCCCCCACUCCCGUUUUCAAGCGCCAGCCGUCUCGACUCUUUGGCGGAAAAGAGAACAUGCAUCUUGCUUUUCACCCUCAAUCUUCAUCCACCUCAAACCCUUACCUGUCCUCGCACAACCCCAUGGCAGACAGCUCUUACAAUCCUCUUUGCAUCCGGCGACGAGAAGAUAUUGGCUACCGGAUGUACUCAUCUUUGGACGAUGAUGCAAAACAGCCUUCAACCACAGGAUUUCAGCCCAUCAACGGCCCCAAGGACUACAAUAGCUUGCAUAUGGGUGACGGGUACCGACCUGGCCAACAUCCCAAUGCAGGAUACGAUAUCUGA